AUGAUCAAGAGCUACCUUGAAAACGGAGCGGGGGAAAGUGAGGAUUGUCUUAAUUUGAAUGUUUAUACUCCUAGUUUAAAGGGCCCUAAUGAACCUUUGUUGCCAGUAAUGCUUUAUAUCCAUGGAGGGGGAUUUAUUGACUUUUCUGGUUCGGCCAUCAUAUUUGAGCCCGGUAACAUGGUCUCUCGUGGAGGAGUCGUUGUUGUUACUAUCAACUAUCGUCUUGGUUUACUUGGUUUUUUGGAGAAUGAGGAUGUAUGGCCGAGGUCAUCCAUCCCUGGUAACCAAGCUAUCCGCGACCAGAUCUUGGCUCUCCAAUGGGUGAAAAAGAAUAUUGCAUCGUUUGGAGGAGAUCCCAAUCGAGUGACAGUCUUUGGUGAGAGUGCAGGUGCGACUAGUAUCCGUGCCUUGCUUUCAGCUCCCUCUGCCUGGAAACUCUAUCAGGGUAUCAUCGCCCAAAGUGAUCCCAUCGACAUCCCAUUCAAUCCCCCCUCAUCGGCUGCGGAGAAUACCAACUACUUCAUGAAUGUUCUUGGCUGUAAUGCUACAGAUAUAACCUGCGUCCGUUCCAAACCUACAUCUGAUAUAGUAGAAGCACAGAUCGCUACUAAUAAGAAGGCGCUUGAAGAGCGCAAAUGGAGCACUGAGGCUCUUAUCCAGCGUCCUACAGUCGAUGGCCAACUGAUCCCCGCGGAGUUCUCACAGCUGGUCAAGACAGGCAAAUACAACACCAAGGCCAAUAUCAUGUGGAGCACCACCAAGGAUGAGGCUGGUCUCUUUAUUCCUCGCUACUUUCCUGAACCAGUCCCUCCAGCCAAUGCAUCAUCGGCUUUGGAAUGUGUCUUUGAGUCUGACCGAGCUGCCAAGCUCUUGGCCUCAAAGUACUUCCAACUCGACCCCAACGAUCCGGAUGCAGUUCGUAAUCUUUUCACUCGUACUGGAACCCAAUAUUACUUUUUCUGUCCUCUUCGCUACAUUAGUAAUCAAAUUGCCAAGAACAAGAAGAUAUACAAAUUCCGGUUCAAUCGUGGUCGUGAUACUCCUUUUGCCACUGCCAGUUAUUGUUCAUCGAGCACAGGUCGUGUCUGUCAUGCUGCAGACAUUCAAAGCACGUUUGCGAGUGGUGCUGCAUUCCCAGGCUAUGUACAAGAAGGAGACGAUGCUCGCUUCGCUCGCCAGGUUGUAGAUCGAUUCACAGCAUUUGCUAAGACCGGAGACCCCAAUCCCAAAUCAGAUCUCCAAGGGUUUGAGGCCACUAAUCCAGAUGUGACUAAAGUGAACUGGAUACCAUACGACGAUACCCACCCGGUCCUUGAACUGAAUCUUAAAAGCUCAAUGUCGAGGAAUUCGGAGAAAAAUGUCUGUACCUGGCUUGAAACAGAGUUUUUAUUUGAUUUCUGGCUCAGAAUCUCCGGCAAUAUGCCAUGA